AUUUCUUUCAGUUGUUAGUUUUGUCUUCCUUCUUCUUUUACCUACCUUAUUUUUCACUUCACCUCCUGAAAGGCUGAAAACGUUUCUUCUAUAGUUAGAGAUAUUUUUCUUAAAAUAUACCAAGCAGUGAAUUAUAAAUCAUUACCUACCUAACCUUAAUUUUUCUUACCUGCCUGUACUGAUCUUUCUUUCUUUCUUGCAGAACUCAAAGGGUAUUUCCAUUUCUUUCUUUCUCUCCUUAUUCCACAGCUUUUCUUUUUCUUUGAUCUAAUUUAUUCCUUUCAUUGCUUCAUUCUCUUGGUCCAUAGCAGAAGAAAGUUUGGAUUUCUUUUUUCCUAUUUGGGUUUAUUACUAUUUUUCUCAUUUUCCCAUUUUAAAGUUAUUUUCUUGUAUUUUUCACUUUUUUCUCAUCUGGGUCUCCUUCAAAAUACUUGCAUUGUCUGUCUGAUCUUUUUAGUUUCUACAACAUUACAAACUGUUGACAGCUGCAGACACUAUAAAAUUACCUCUCUCUCUUUCUCAAUUUGACUUUUUCCAUUUGGCAUAUUCUCUUCAGAUCAAUUUCUUUUGAAAGUGUCAUUUCUGAUCUGGGUGUUUUAAUAAAACUUGCAUAUUUCAUUUGAGAUUUUAAUUUUGUGUUCAAUAAUUUAGUGAGUCCUGUAUAUUAUUGAUAAUGUCUCAUUCCAAAUCAGAGCCUCCUAGUUGUUGCUCAACAUUGUCUUCUUCUUCAGCUUCUACUGAACUGAAGCUAUAUCAAGCUUUCAUCUUUUCUGUGCCAAUUUUCUUCACUUUCAUUCUCCUUUUAUUGUUCUACUUGUUCUAUCUUCGCCGUAGAAGAGUUGAUUGGGCCUCUCUUCGAAUGCGAGCUAAUGUACCAGACAACAACGAUAUCAUUAGAGCUGAAUUGGGUUUGAAGAAAGAACUGAGAGAGAUGUUACCCAUUAUUGUAUACAAGGAGAGCUUCUCUGUCCGAGAGACACAAUGCCUGGUAUGCUUAGGGGACUACCAAGCGGAGGAUAGGCUUCAACAGAUGCCAGCUUGUGGUCACACAUUUCACAUGGAAUGCAUUGACCGCUGGCUUGCCAAUCACAGUACCUGCCCUAUCUGCCGUCUUUCCCUCAUUGCAUCUGCUAAAGUUCAGAGUGAAUCGCCAAAUGGUGAACAAGUAGAAACUGGUCAGGAAUCUUUUGUGGCAGGGAAUGGUGGUGAAACAUCUGUUCAAUCAGGGCCAGAGUCUUCUGAAGAGUCACAAUCUAAAAUCCCUGAACCAAAGAAUGAAGACUUGAGGACUGUCCAUAACACUGUUGAGGAAGACAGAAGAAGUCCUGAAUGUGCUGAUGAGGGGAGAGAAUCUGGAAAUAUGAGAAAUGAACCAGAAGAGCAUGAGAACAGCAGAAGAUUUUCUGGUAAAUUGAAAUUCCUUUUUCUACCAGUGUAAUCUCAGACAAGAACCGAUACAAUGGAGUUGACAAUGCCUUCAUGAAUCUAUCCACUAUCAUGCUCAAAGCUCUCGAAGCAACAAGUUGAGUUGCACAAGACCUGGAAGAUGAUGUUCAGAUUGCAAUUGAGGUCCUUCUUUUCUUGAAGAAGAGAAAGUAAUCAUAUGAUCAAUGACCGACCAGCGUUGCAUCGGGUGCUACGAGAGAAUCAUUCCUUGAUGCAGCUUCACGAAGGUAUCCUUGCGUUGGAAAGAAUAAUUGGUGGGUGUGAUGAGAUAGACAAAUGGCAUUACAUAUAGUUGCUAUUGUAUUGCAUUACAUAUAGUUGCUGUGAUAUGUUGGUUGUAUGUACCUUUGUAAAUUGUAAUUUAGUUAUGAAUUGUGCAUGUAGUAUAAAAUUGAACAAGAAGUGAUCAUGUCUUAUGUUUUGACAAUUUGGAUGUAGUUGGCUCAUGUUAACUGAUUUUUUUUUUUUUUGAACAAGGCUCAUGUUAACUAUUGGAUCUAAAUUCUCCCAUGUUUUGUAUAA